AUGUACCCGAGUAGUGUUUCAGCAGGCUCACUGCGGAUUCUUUUCGCCCUCUUGUUGUCGCUGAGUGUUUGCUCGGAGCUGAAAGUGCUCGUGCGGUUGAACGAUGGUCAGAUAACCGCGGAGACUUUAGAGUCGGACAGCGAGCGGGACAUCAUCAGUGUAGAGUUCAGGCACACGGACGGCACUCUCAUCACCUUCCUGGCAGAUUUCAAGCGGCAUGUGAAGAUCCUGCGGGCGCUGGUCCUGGGGGAACCGGAGCGGGGCCAGACACAGUACCAGGGCCUGUGUUUCAUCAGCAGGCUAGAACAUGGAGAAAUCAUCCCAAGUGAGGCCAUGGUCAGACUGAGACAGAAAAACCCGCACGUUAUACGGACCGCCGAAGAGAAGCGUGGUCUGGAGCGGAUGAGCAUGAAUAUGGCGGUGAAUCUCACGCUAUCCUGGCACCUCAGCUCUCACAUCCGCAGUGUAUGCCGCGACGCCCAAGACUUCAUCUACACGCGGGAGCAGGACGUCAAAUACUGGCUACAAAGGGGUGUGGAAAGCUCCAUAUUCAAAGUGUUCCCCCAGAAUGUCGAGAACGUGGCCCUGCCGAGUUGCAGCACUACUACGGACCCGUGGCAGCCGUGUUCGUGUAGCUACACCCUGAGGCUGGAGUGGUACCCGUGCAUGCUGAAAUACUGCCGUGGCCACGGCCCGAGCCCGUACAAGUGCGGGAUCAAGAGCUGCAGCAAGGCUUACCGCUUCGACUUCUACACGUCACGCAAACAGCUGUGCAUGUGGGAUGAAGAGAGCUAACAGUGCCAAUCUAAACACAUUACUAAUAAUCUUAUGCUAGAAGGUGACUAGCGUUGAGGUGCCUUCACAUAGUCUUAAUAGUAAAAUGGUUACGUUUCUUUGUUUGUAUUAUCAUCACAGUACGUUUUUAGACUCUAGUAUCGUUUCUCUCUCUUAUCUCUGCCUUAAAUGACAGAUAUUUUAACUUUAAACCAUGUCACUUAUGUCUGCUGUCACUACAGUAUAGCCUCGAGGGAAAAGUUACAUGACUGAUAGAUUUAUAGGCUGAUAGGUUAAAUUCUCCUCUGUGUUUACUCGGAUUCUUCAUGUUGACAUUGUAAACAUCACAUUAUUUUUUUUAUUAGUAAUUUCCUAGGUCUGUAACGGGAAGAACGUGUAUAGUAGAAUCACGGUAGUUAUUUUUAUUUUGUGUAUAUUAUUAGUGUUAAACACUCGCUGGACACUGUAUCAGGAACACGUACAUGGAAACCUGACUACCAAAUUCACGAAAUUGUCUAAUCAGCAGCACGAUCAGAGCUUCAGUUACUUUUCACGUCAAGCCUGAAAACGGGUGGAGCUGAUGGGAUGGUCGCUGAUUUACCAGACUGCUGGUUUAAGUAUUUCAGAAACUGCUGAUUUUGCAACUGUGGUGAGCUGAAAAGCUUCUGCAAACACACAGAACAGGGAUCUGACGCUAUAAUUAACUAGACCAUUAAGCUAGAACACGAAGCUCUCGAACCUUUAUUUUAUCCAUUGUACCGCUGCCACCUUAUCGCCUGAUUGGGAUAAUUGCACGGAUGUUCAGCUGUACAGAUGUUCCUAUUAAAGUGGUCAGUGGGAGAGUAUAUUAUAUAAAUAUGACUUCAGUAUCUGGAAAAGUGUAAGAAUAUCCGCUGAUAUCCUGUUUUGCUUUAUCUACAUGUAGACCAGAAGUAUUGCUAAUUUUUGAGGUACGUUUUUAGAGAGUUCUCAUUGUCAUUUUGACAACUACUUCUUGCAAUAAUUUACACGUACACUAAACUGUGACUGUUGGAAACUCGUGGCCCUGUUGAAACGCUACUUUAUUUUAUUUUAUUUUUAUGUCGAGGUUUAGCCGUGAAACAUGUUCAGUCUUCCGAACAAAACAAGCUACGCUGGCAGCUAAGGCAUGUUUUUUUGUGCUGUCUAUUUAUUGCUGAUAUAUUCAAGUGAUGCCAAAUGUGCUGCUCCCAACUCACCAUAACCCUGACUAAUGACCUCAUUUCCAUUUCAAUAACCUCAUUACUAACAAACGCGUACACUAUGGUGGGCAGAUGAACCUUUUUACACAAUGCAAUAUUGUUAUCUAGUUUCGGGUUUCUUUCCCCACCCCCCCUUCAAAAAAUUUUACCUAACGGAUUGCACCAUGAUAUGGCAGGAUUUUAACUGUGUUCAUAUAAAUAUAUAUAAAACAGUAUGUGUUUACAUAUUUCUAUGCACAAAAUGAAUAUGUGUAUGUUCGGUGGUUUGUGAUCUGAAAAUGCAUAUGCUCAGGUUUCUCUCCUUUUGCUGGAUUUUGAUGACUUGUACUGACACAUACCGUCUUACAGUGUUGUGGAAAUGGGUUUUAAAGCGCGUUACAGUUUGGCUUUUCUUUUACAACAAGCCGAAUAUGAGGAUGAUCUCAACAGCACGUAUCACUAAAUUACGUAUGCCAGUGUAAAUAAAGAUAAAAAAAAAAAUAAUAAUAAUAAACUUUAUAUUUCAGUAUGUUAA